CUUUUGCUGUGAUUUCUUUUCACAAAGGGGUUUAUUGAGUAAAUUAUUUGGAAAUCACUUAGGCAAAGAGAAUCUGUAAAAGAAAAAAAAAUGCAACAAUGCCUUCAAAAUAAAUAAAAGGACACAUUUCUACAUUAAAAAAAACAUGACUACAAAUAGCAAUAAACAGUAACCCAAAUCCAUAUUUGAUGUCAUUAUUUUUUUCUUUAAAACUGCAUCAGUUAGGCAAUCUGAGGCAGACUUAAGCUGGCAUAGAGUUUUAUUUAUUUUAUUAAAAAAAAAAAAAGUGUCUGAAGUUUUUUGUUUUGGGUUUUUUUUUCCCUCCAAGCAUCUUAGAGGACUUGCCACACUUAUUCACAUUUUUUUGCCUGUCUCAGUUGUUUCUGUCUCUUGAGCUAAUAUUGCAGCACAGCCUGCAAUAUGUUUUUUUAUAUGAAAAGUGCUCUAUUACUCUUUGUUAUUACAUUUCUCUCAUUUUUUUGAAAAUCAGUGUUUGGAAACCUAAAACCUUUUCUUUUGUUCUAUUGACUGAAGACCUAAAAUGAGCAUCUAAGACAAAAUGUAUAUAAAAAUUAGCAUGCCUAAGACUCUGCAGCAAAUAGCUUUAGAGUAAAUAGAUAAUAUGUUUUGAAAUGUGCUUUCCUGUGGAAAUGAAGGAGGCUAAACUAGAUUUAAGCUUUCUGAGACUAGUAUGAAGAGGAAAAGAAUAAGAUUUUCCUUAGCUUAUUGUUUAAUGCAGACAUCUGCGUCAAAACACAGUAGCAGUGUUGUAUAACACAAGUUUACCUCCACAUCUAAAAAAAUUCUUACGAAUCUCUGCAGUGCUUCUCCCAAGAGGAAACCAGAACGUUCUGUCUUCUGAGGCUGUGGUAUUUCACCUUCUUUUUCCCUGGCCUUUAAACCCUUGCCAGUUAUAAUCUACGCCUUGGUGGGGUGUGCCCCAGGGUUCAGCUUUAUGGCCCCUUGUAUUGAUUUGUACUGAAGUAAAUAGGAUGUGAAGGGCACUAGGGAGCCAGAGUAACAUAUGGUCCUGCCAGAGCUGCUCUUUCCCAAAAGGCUGCUGACAGGAAGGGGAUCUAUGGUUACCUGGUGGCACAGGUGGCCACGAGGGAGGGAACGGAAAAGUGCGACAUGUGGGAGCUCAACAGGCGUCGAAUUUUAAACAGUGCCGAGUUGCAGCUCUGAAUACUCCUGCACUGUUGUAAGUUUACAGAGUACUCAUAGUGAAUGUUAUAAAUGUUUAAAUAAAGGUAGUAUGCAUGAAAACCUGACAAAAUGUAUGGAAAAUUAAUAUACAGUAUAAUCAGUUUGAAAUAGAAUAAGAGGUCAAGCCACUGGAGAAAGUUGUAUGUACCGACUUUGACCAGCAAUCCACACCAAACCAACAACUUGCAGCUUAAGUGGAAUAUCACAACAUUGCUAAAUGUUGCAUAAAAAGUAACUGCAUGGUCUGUGUUUCACUUUGUAACUCUACAGUGAAACUGAUCAGUAUGUAAUUCUUAUUAUUAGAAUCAAAUACUUAAAUAAAUCACGUCAGUGGCAAUUCAUUCAUUCGUUAAUGACAAGGCAUCAUGCACACAUUCACACCUAGUGGCAAUUUGCAGUAACCAAUCCACCUCAACGUGGUUUUGGGAGGUAAGAAGAAACCAGAGAACCUGGAGGAAACCCACAUGGACACAGGGAGCAUGCAAAACUCCACACAGACUGUAACCCAAGCACAGGAUCGAACCAGAUCCUGAAGUUGUGAGGUAGUGACAUUACCCACUGCACCACCAUGCCUCCUAUCAGUCGUGAUGAUCUCUUUAUUUCUCCAACUGGGGCCAGUCUUAAAAUAAGGUACAUUUGUUUGCUGUUUUGAAAUGUUAUAUUUCAGUAAACUCUUUCUGCAUACCAUUGACUGUGUGAUCUGGAUGAAGGCUUUUGAUUGUUUAGUGGCUGCCGGCCCAGACUAGAGUAGUACUGUAGCUGAAUCAGCAAGGCCAUCAUUAUAAUGGGGAAAUGUCAUCAUGCUUAGGAGGUAGUAAAGAUUGGUGGCCUUAUGGAAACUACACAUGGGUGACAAAUUAAAGGAACUCUGGUAAUGCUGUGGGAGGCAUUUAUAGAUUUUUGCUGACAUGGUUUAUGUCCACUUACAGGGAAGCAUCACCGCAAGUCAAUACAAAGUUCUUCUGACUGAACACCUUUAACUUAUGAUGAAAGAGUUCUGUCCUGAUGGGCAUGGUCUCUUCCAGUGUGACUCUGUCCCCAUCCACAUGGCAUGAGGGCUUAAUGAAAGGAGUGAUGAGGGUGAAAAUUAUGUAAAUCAAUUGAACACUUAUUGGAGAUUUUGGAGUGAUGUGUUAGACAGUGUAUCAUCAAAAUACCAAUGGUGCGAGUAUGUUUUGGAAGAACAGUAUUCCUCACUCCAGUACAGUCCCAGAAACUUGUAUCGUCUAUGCCAAGCUGCACUGAAGCUGUUCUGGUAGCUUGUAGUGGCCCAAAACCGUAAUAACACACUGUAUGUUGGUUUUUCCUUUAAUUUGUCACCCUAGUGAUAGGAAGUUGAUGAGCUCAAAUCCCAAGACUAGCAGAAAUCCACUGUUGGGUCCUUUACGCCUUCUUCAGGAUUAUAAACAUAUGAUUCACUUGAAAAUAACUCUAAAUAAAAGCAUUUAUCACAAAAACACAAAAUAGAAUAGAAUAGAAUAGAAAGAAAUAGAAUAGAAAGUCAUAGCAACAUUUAUUGGCUUCAGAUCAUUUAGCAAGUCAUUGGAAAAAUACAGAGUACAGCAAACACUGUUGGUUAAGUUAGCGAGCUAAUGAACACAAUCUGGCAAAUUGUUUACAUCACAUGCACGCUUAAUGUCAUUUUCCGUAAUUACAAAUUGGUUAGUGUUUACAUUUAAUUAACCUCAUAUAAAAACCCAUUUAAAGCAUGCUCUCUACACUGAUCUAGAUUAAUACACAGUGUUUACUUUUAAAUGUUAGGUGCACAUAGCUUCAAUUUCUUGUGUUCCCUGUACUCAGCUCAUCAAGAUCGUGAUAAUUAGUGGCUGAAUGAAAACAGGUGUGUUAGAAUUGAAAACACUGAAAUGCGCAGGUCACUGAGUCCUCUCAACUCUGGAAAGUCUGUGGAGUUCUGUUCAGGAUUAACACAUGAAGGAAGUAAACUUGGCUCAUCUGGGAAUUUCUUCAGGACCUCCAAGAAAAAAACAGAGAAAGUACAGUUAGAGUACUCAAGGCUGGCUGUUCAUUACUGGGAGGCAUGGCGCAGACUAACAACUAUGGACAGAGCAGCAAUGGAGUAACAGAUGAGUCUCCCAACAUGCUCGUCUACAGAAAAAUGGAGGACAUUAUUGCUCGAAUGCAGGACGAGAAGAAUGGCAUUCCCAUUCGCACAGUGAAGAGUUUUCUGUCCAAGAUUCCCAGUGUCUUUUCAGGUUCAGACAUUGUGCAGUGGAUGAUCAAAAACCUAGACAUCGAAGAUCAAGUUGAGGCUCUUCACCUGGGAACUCUGAUGUCUGCACAUGGCUACUUCUUUCCCAUCUCAGACCAUGUGCUCACAUUGAAGGAUGAUGGGACAUUUUAUAGAUUUCAGACUCCCUACUUUUGGCCUUCAAACUGCUGGGAACCAGAGAACACUGAUUAUGCUGUUUACCUCUGUAAGCGGACGAUGCAGAAUAAAGCCCGGCUGGAACUUGCUGACUAUGAAGCUGAAAGUUUAGCGCGGCUACAGAGGGCUUUUGCACGGAAAUGGGAGUUUAUAUUUAUGCAAGCAGAAGCACAAGCUAAAGUGGAUAAGAAACGGGACAAAAUCGAGCGGAAGAUUCUGGACAGUCAGGAGCGGGCAUUCUGGGAUGUGCACAGACCCGUGCCUGGCUGUGUGAAUACGACAGAAGCCGACAUCAAGAAAUCCUCCAGGAUGAAACAGCCGCACAAAACACGGAAGUCAGUGUAUGGUCUACAGAAUGAUGUCCGCAGUCACAGUCCCACACACACCAGCACACCUGAGGUUAAGGAGCCCACUGAGGAGGAGCUACAGGAACAGAUACAGUAUUGGCAAGCACAGUUGGACAGACAUCGAUUAAAAAUGUCCAAAGUUGCAGAAAGUUUGUUGAGCUACACAGAGCAGUACAUGGAGUAUGACCCUUUCAUAACCUCCCCUGAGUCAUCAAACCCCUGGAUCUCAGAUGACAAUACUCUCUGGGAACUGGAAGCCAGUAAGGAGCCGGGUCAGCAGAGGGUGCGGCGGUGGGGUUUCGGGUUUGAUGAGGUUCUGAAGGACCCCGUAGGGAGAGAACAGUUCCUGAAGUUCCUGGAAUCUGAAUUCAGCUCGGAGAACCUGUGUUUCUGGCUGGCCGUUCAGGAGCUUAAGAAGCGGCCGAUCCGCGAGGUGCCCAGUCGUGUGCAGGAGAUCUGGGACGAGUUUCUGGCCCCUGGAGCCCCAAGUGCCAUCAACCUUGACUCCAAGAGCUACGACAAGACCAUGCAGAAUGUCAAAGACCCCGGACGCUACACGUUUGAAGACGCCCAGGAGCACAUCUAUAAGCUGAUGAAGAGCGACUCGUACAGCCGCUUCAUUCGAUCCAGUGCCUACCAGGAGCUUUUACAGGCCAAGAAGAAGAAAAGCAAGAAUUUGUUCUGAAGAAGUGGAUGCUGGAAUCUGCAUUUCAACUUUCAAACUUUCAAGCAAAAGUUUCUGUGUCUCGGUGUGUAGGACACCAGAUCUACGAUCAUCAGGCCUCUACUUUCCUGCAAAAUUGGUCACACCUCAUCUGGAGAAGAGGAGCGUGUGAUUUGUACAUUACUGUAAUCUACUGUGCUUCAUAAUAAACCCACAAGGAGGUAGAGCAGUCGAGUCAUUGCAUGUCUGAUAAACUGAGGUAAAAGAUGGCUUUAUUUUCUUUCCAUUGUUCAUCAUCUACUCAUGAAAAGGACUUUUUUCCCACGGACUUGAAAACACAUUUCCCACUUACUUCCUUAAUUUUCACAUAUCAGCUUUAGCUGUGCUUUGUGAACUGAGAAUAGGAAUAAAAUCAGUAUAUAUAGUAUCUAUAAGCAAAUAUCAAACUCUUUAUGACAUUGUAUAAACACACACACGCCAUUGCAGUUGUAAAGCCAUGUUUGAAUGAGAAAAAUACUUAUGUCAGAUGUAGUUGCCUCCAAAAUGCUUUAUGACACGUCUCAUUUAUUUUUAUACUCUAUUUAUGAAUAUGUUGAUUUGUUAUCUGUAUAUUAUUCCUUCUUUUUUUGUAAAUUUCUGUACAAACUGGGGUACACAGGGAAAGACAAACUAGAAAAGCCAAAUUAUGGACAGAGCGUAUUUUUUAAUCCCAUGCCCACCCUGAUACAUGUGUUUAUUUUUUUAUUAGAGAAACAACUGACCAAAUACAUGGUGUUUGUGGAUUUGUGGAAUGCAGCGAUCACUGCCUCUGUGAUGGGAAUCUUUAAGUCAUGUCAUGUUCUUACAGAGUGUGUUAGUUGGUCUGAUAUGUUGAUAUGGUGUUGGAGUAUGUGGAUCUGGAUAGAUGCAUGUUGGUGAAUGUGUGUGGAUGGAUGAAUGUGUGUAAUGACAGAUCACAGAACAGCAAUGGAGUAGAGAAUUCGUUCAUCUUCAGUAAGCGCUUUGCCCACCACACACACACACACACACACACACACACACACAUUCUCACCCAGGGGCAAUGUAGUGUAACCAAUCCAACUAAGGGGCAUGUUUUUUGGGAGAUGAGAGCAAACCCACUUAGACAGUAACCUGAACUCAGAAUCGACCCUGGGACCCUGGAGCUAUGAGGCAGUAACACGAACUGCUGUGCUUCUGGUGUAGAAAAUAACAAUAUAAGUACAAACCAACCCUUAAGGAGGGAAGGAAUAACUAUAAUGGGGUAGAACACAGAAUAAACAACAAAACAGAAACAAAGGUUUUAGAUCUGGGGCCAUAUUACAGAAACCUGUCCUAAAUUAACACCUGACAUGGCUAAAGAAGUUCUAGUUAAACAUUUUCCUCUGUAAAGAUGGAAAAACAAGACAAAGAGAAUUGAAUGCCAAAGAAAAUUACAUUUUAUUUCCCUCAGUGGAAUUUUUUUCAUUUUUAUUUUUGGCAGUGUCACAGCCAGUGAAGCGAGCAAUUCACUGAGAAGCAACAGAUCAUUUGGGAUUGGUUAUUAUUACCAUUUUGGAAUAUAAAUACAGUGCUAUGCAAAAGGCUUAGGCACAUCUAAAGAAAUUCUGUGAUGCCUUCAAAAACAAAAAGUUCCAAAUAAGACAAAAUUUCAAUAAAAAAUAGAUAUUUACUAUGCCUCAGAAUUUGUAUAGUGCUAUAAAUAUAAUGCCAUUAUGGCUGUAAAAGUUAGUAAGCUAGAUAAUGCUAAUUCUAAAUGCUAAAAUCACAGCUGUCUUUACACCAGAAAAGCUUCUGUAAUCCUCUUUUCCUAUCUGGAAUUAUGCAAAUUAAGAAAUAUAUACAGAAAUGUAGAUAUUGUCCUAAACGAGGUCAUGGUGUUUCUGUAAUAUGGCAUCAAGGAGAAAACCCAGCUAUCCCUGAGAACUGGCCCAGUGAAGAAAAAAGCUUAUCUUAGAAGGUGAAAACAUCUUGAAUGCAGGUCAAUUUAUCAUCAUCAAAUAAAUAUAAAAUCAUUCAACCAAUAUUUAGCUUUUUAUGUCUAAAUGUAUUAAUCUGUUGGCUGAUAAUUUAGCUUGUUUGGAGUAUACAUAUUAAUAAGAAAUAAACAUGUUGCGCCAAUAAUUUGAUAGUUUUAUAAUAAUUACAUAAUGAUAAAUAAGUGAUCGAUUUAACUAUAUUCAAGAUGUUGUCACUUGCUAGGAUUUUACUUUUUGCAGUGAGGAGCCCUGAGAUCAGCACUCAUUAGCUUAAACGUCUCCGACACAUUUCUCUGGAGAGUCCUCGCCCUCACACCUCUGCUUACACACUGCUCUCUAGUGGGUGUGUGGGGUGUGACGGGUUGUGUGUACAGGUGGAUGUGUUUCACAAACAGAGGUGGGUAGAAACACACUGCAUUUAUGCCAUUGCAUUUACAGCAUUUAAGUAACUUUUAAAUAAAAUGUACACCUAAAAAUUUUACUAAUUUUUGUGGAAUAAUUUUUAAAGACUUAGUCUAAUUUUACCCAUCUUACAAUCGGCCAUGUUCUUCCAGCUCGUUUUUGAAUUCAGUGAAUGUUGUGCUCAUCUUGUUUGAUAGGGAUUUCUAGUUUAUUUCAUUCAAUAUUUCUGCGAAAUCACAAUGACAUCACUGUUCUAAUGAAGUCACAUUAGAGUGAUCUAGUUGCUGUCUAGGUGAUAGGGCUAUUUGUAUAAAAUGUCUAUUUGCGCCUGGAGGAAAAUGGUCUUGGCCACACAGUGCAGCAGUUUUCAUCCUUAAACACCACGAAAGAAAGAAUUCUGAAGCAGAACGUCCCAAACCUGCAUGUCAAUUUCAGUGAAAAUGUACAGUACAGUGGCAAUAUGGCUAGACUUGCACUUGAUUAAAGAAGCAAACAUAUGCAUUAUUAGGGAAGUGUGAAGUCUGUAAUUUAAUGACAUAGCCUCAAAAAAAUGAAGUCUUCAGGCUAUCACACUUAACUUGUGCUAUAAGCUACUAUCUAGUGAAUAUUUAGAGUAACUCUCAAAUAAUAGGUAUUUGAGAGUCGACAAAAUAACGUCAUCCAGUCUAGCAGCUCGUGUUAAGCAGUUUUAUACAUACCUAUGUUCAACUGUGUUCGAUAUGUUAGUGUGUUUCCCAUCGCCAGUGAGGUGAACACAGUAGAGCUAAUAACCAAGGUUGACAACCCAAGGUCUCAAAAACCACACAAAAGAGCUGAAAGCAGCACAAAAAUGUGGGCACUGGGAAAGGGAGACUUUUUUCCUUCUUUUUCUCAGCCUUUGUGUGGGAAACAAGGACCACGGUCACCAUGGAACACACACAUUUCUGAUGAACAGACAUCAUCCACUUCAUAAUCCUGUGCGUGUGCUGCUCCAUGAUUGCAUGGCAUCUAGAAAGGCAUCUAUUAUUAUUAUUAUUAUUAUUAUUAUUAUUAUUAUAGUACAUUACGACAUGACAAUUAUAUGAAACAGUAAAAGAAUUCGAAGGAACAGUGUGUUUCUACUCUACCUCUGGCUGCAUGUGUGUGUAUGUGUGCGUACAGGAGAUUGUGUGAUGUAUAAUUGUGUAUUGUGUGUGCAGGUGUGUGAUGAUGUGUGUAUGCAGUACAGCAGUGGGGUUUGCAUGCAUGUGGCUGGUGAGUAGCUGGACAUGAAAGUCUCUUUUGCAACGGUUCCUUUUACAAAACCUGAACUGAAACCAGACGAUGUCGGUGUCAAUCUGUGUACGUUUGGAGUGUAAAGGGAACACUGUGUAAACUCGAUUCUUCUCCAAACCAUUUCUUAAAUAUGUGAUGAAUUAUGCAUUCAGAACAGUAUUAAUUAAGAUAUCAGUGUAUAAAUAAUGAGUAGGAUAAUACAUACACUUACUGACAACUUUAAUAGUGACACCUGUACACCUGCUUAUUCAUGCAGCAGCUGCUCAAUCAUGUGGCAGCAGUGCAAUGCAUAAACUCAUAUUCACAUCAACCAUCAGAAGAAGGAAAAAUGUGAUCUCAGUGGCUUUGACCGUGGCAUGGUUGUUGGUGCCAGACGCGCUGGUUUGAGUUUAUUUGAAUAUAAACACCUUGUUGAUAAGAGAGGUUAGAGGAGAAUGAUCAUACUGGUCUCGAAGGCUAUAACUCCAAUGACCACUCUUUACAACCACGGUGAGCAGAAUAGCAUCUCAGAAUGCAGAAUACAUUAAGUCAUGUGGCAGAUGGGCUACAACAGCAGAAGACCGCAUCGGGUUCCACUCCUGUCAGCCAAGAACAGGAAUAUGACACUACAUUGGGCACAGGUUCACCAAACCUGGACUGCUGAAGAUAGCACAAACAUUGCCUGAUCUUCUUCUAAUCUUACACUGUCCAGUUUUUGUGAGCAUUUUUCCCCAUUCUGAUGUUUGAUAUAAAUAUUAACUGAAGUUCUUGACCUGUAUCUACAUGAUGUUAUGAUGUCAUUGCACUGCUUGAUCAUGAUUGGCUAGUUGGAUGAAUGAAGAGGUGUAUUGAUGUUACUGAUAAAGUGGACAGUGAGUGCAUUUGCAUCACAGUAGGAGGAAAUUUGCACUAAAGUUUUUCAUACAGAGAGACUCUUUAAAACAGACACUUUCCACUUUUGUAUUUCAGUCAUACUUGCUUUAAAUUUAAUCCUCAGUGUUAAGAGGCCGAAACUGUUUUUUUUUUUUUCUUCUUCUUUUUUUUUUUUGGUUUUGUUUUGGGUUUUGUUGGGAAACAUAUUGAGGGUGUGUUUCGGUGCUCCAAGCACCAUGUGAAGUCCAAUCCAAUAUAAUUCCACUAUCAACUCUGUGACUCUGUAAAUACAUUCCAAAAUCUAAUAAAGAGAUCUGAGGGGAAGAAAAGCGA